UUUAUCUGAUAAGUGAAUUUUUAUUUGCAAAAAAACAUAUUAGAAAUUAAUUUUAAAGUGCCGGAUACUUACACAUAAAUAUUUUAAUAUUGACGAAAUAUUUAACUUUUUUUUCCAACAAAAUACUAAAAUCUUUAACAAUCAUGAGUGGUGGAAAACAUUUGGCAAAAGGCUCUUCAAAACCUGAACUUCCUGAUGAUGGUGUUUUACGUUUGUAUUCCAUGCGCUUUUGUCCCUAUGCCCAUCGUGUGCAUUUAGUUUUAGAUGCCAAAAAAAUUCCUUAUCACAGCAUUUAUAUUAAUUUACACGAUAAACCCGAGUGGUUGACUGAAUACAGUCCCUUGGGCAAAGUACCAGCUCUACAACUUGUUACUACCGAAGGAAAACCGGCUUUAAUUGAAUCCUUGAUAAUUGCUGAAUAUUUGGAUGAAAUGUAUCCAGAACCUAGACUCUUCCCUAAAGAUCCUUUGAAAAAGGCCCAAGAUAAAAUACUUAUUGAACGCUUCAACUCUGUUGUAAGCGCCAUGUAUAAAAUAUUUGUCAACACCGAAGUAUCACCCGGUGCCAUAACUGACAUAUCCACUGGUUUGGAUAUUUUCGAGAAAGAGCUGAGAGCACGUGGUACUCCCUUCUAUGGAGGAGAAAAGCCCGGCAUGUUGGAUUACAUGAUUUGGCCUUGGUGUGAACGUUCGGAAAUGAUUAAAUAUCUUUUGAAUAAUAAAUACGAAAUGGAUAAGGAACGCUUUGAACAAUUGCUUAAAUGGCGUGACUUAAUGAUUGAAGAUGAAGCUGUUAAAUGCUUCUAUUUGGAUGGUGAAACCCAUGCUAAAUUCAUGAAAACUAGACGUGAAGGCACUCCUGACUACGAUAUGCUUGUAAAUCCCACUAAACGUCAACGCACUUGCUAAACAGUUUCUCUCCUACCCUUUUCAUAGUACAUAUUGAAAAAAAAAGUAAUUUCUGUUACGUUUGAAACGUAAUUUAUUUAAGAAAUAACUUUUUACGCAACUGGCAUCUAUUAUUUUAUCUUUUGUUUGUACAGGAUAUUUCCAUGCUUAAUUAUUUUUAUAUUAUUUUUCCAAAAAAGUAAUAAAAAAAACCUAUUUUUUACCUAAGUGCUAACAGCAACAUA